AUGUACAACACUAUCUCGCCUGAUGUGGUUACAUUUGCACUCGCAUCUCCAUCCACGCUGAUGCUGGCUUUGGACGAGUUUCCCCACUUCCAAGGGAUGGAUGUGCUGCACGACACAGGAGAUCGCGGGAACCGACGAAUGAGGUGUUGCGGCCUUUCAGGCACCACGCAGACACUUUCACUUUUUGCAUUUCAAUGUUGGGGACACAAAGAUGGUGACUAUAAAACCGAGUCGUUCCGAUUCCAACGGGUUUAUAAUUACUCAUCAAGUUUCACUGCUUGUCCUUGA